AUGUCGUCGACUUUACCUGAGUUGAGAAUAUGGGUUAGAAAUGGAUUACAAAUAAAAGGACAAGCUAUGACUUACAUUCAAGCGAAUUUCUGUAAUUCCAUGGUUGAUAUGGAUUUGUUUUUCCUACAAAUCUUUGCUACACAAUUGCCAGCAAGCUUCUUUCUCUCAUCCUGCGUUGAAAGCUUUGGUGUAGAUGAAUGGUUUUUUGGUAAUUUAACAUCGCCGCAAGAAAUGGAACACGAUUCAAUGAUGGAGGGAAUGUUGACAUUUCUAGCGACACUCGUUACAUCAAGAACAAAUUUAGGCAAUGAUGAAGACAUGAAAUGUAUUGUUGAGAUAAGUGCACUUUUAGCCACAAGUGACAAGACUCACAGUCAACUACUGGAGCUGAUGCCAGAGCGAUCAGGAAAUGCUUAUGCAAGAAAUUUUGAAAAGUAUUUAAAACAAUUGUCGACGUAUCGUCCACCACCAGUAGGAUCAGAAAAUCUCGAACAAGGUCUUUUUAUUCCUCUACCAGCUGUAUGGAAAAUUCAUUAUGAUCCUUUACAUGUGCUACUAAGAGCUGUUCAUAGACGAGACUUUCAAAACUCGAUGGAUCGAUUCAGUGCUUAUGUUCGACAACAUCAUAAGAUGCCCAAAAGUGGCAAUCUUUGGCCACCAUUUCGACUUCCCAAUAAGGUUAACAGCAAAUACACAGAUCCAGUUUGUAUUUUAAAUACAAAAGUUUUCCAUUCAAUGAUUCUCGGCAUUUUAUAUCGAGCAGUUCAUGUAACAAACGUAAGUGAACAUUUGAUAGCGCUUGGAAUAUUUCUUCUGGAAAUUGCUGUAACAUCAGUUGCUGAAGAGAAAGAGAAAGAAAAGGAAAAAUUUUCACAUCGUUCAACAGUACUCGAACGGUCACCACGAUCGGGAGGAUUUCAUUCAUCAUCCGACGGAGGUGUUCAUGAGAAAACUCGUGAAAUUCCCGUCUUAAUGAAUUGUUAUCCAACAAAUAACUUAAUGGAGAAUUUAUGUCUGUCAAUCAAUGCAAUUUCAUUAAAUUCACCAGCAUUACAAAAUUCGCCAGCGAAUUAUCAAUCUCAGUUCGAUAGUGACGUUGAGUUUGAAUUAUCAGAAGGCGACACGAUGCCAAUGUUGAUUGGAAGUCUUGAACAUGAUUUUUCUGCUUAUAACGUUGUAUUUGAUGUUGCUGUUCCUCAAGACUUAUCAAUUGUUCGCGAAACUUCUGUUGUUUCUGCAAUAAUGGAUGAAAAUUCAUCAGCAAUGAGUGGAACAGCAGCAACACCAGGAACGACUGUUAUAGCCACGAAUCAAAUAAUGCCGCCACUUGUUGGUCGUGCAGGCGAAUCUGUUGAUCAAAGUGUUGUGGAAUAUCGUAGCAAUGAAGUAGCAACAACACAACGUCCUCAAUUAGCAAUUGCAUCAGGAAAUGUUUCAAUGGAAUUAGCUGUAAGACAAGUAGGAGAAGCAACAACAGGAGCAGCUGAUGGAGUGAGACCUCAAGAAAUAUUUUACAGCACCAAUGGUAGUGACACUCUACCUACUUCAAUAUUGGUGCCGUUUAAUCGAGUUCAACCAGUUGCUGUGCCAAAUCGCUCAAAUAUGGACAUUGUUCCAAGUGCUGGUGGUUCUUCUAAUUUUCGAAGAAGACGUAAAAAUAUGGACGUGACUGGGGGUAGUAGCAGUAGUGGUGGAGAGUUGUCAAAUGAUAUCAUUGCAAUCGCUAAUAGCGAUGAAAUGUGCGCUAAAAAUAUUAAUGAAAUACGACAAAAGCUUUGGCCAAAUCAAAGAGAACGUCAAGCUGAACAAAAAGCUCGUGAGAAUAAAGAGAAGGAAGAAAGAACAAAACGUGCUCGUGAACGACAACAGAAGCUUAUGGAAGAGUUUGCUUUUCGUCAAAAGCAAUUUAUGGCGUCGGAAGGGAAAAUGAUGGAAGGAAUUGAUGAUGAUGAGAUUGAUGAAGAAGAAGCACCGCGUGAGAAGGAAUAUGACUGCAUUAUUUGCAAUUGUACUGGUCCGAGUCUCGAGACAAAUCCCAUAGGAUUAGUUGUGUUAGUUGAAUCAAGUAGCAUUGUGGGUCAUCGUCGAAAAACAUCGAAUCGUUUUCCACUGCCGGUAUGUGAUGAAGAUAAAGAAAUUCCUGAACGAAAUGUGAGAUUAAGUAAUGAAUUUAAGAAGCGUGCUGAAAUUCUACAUCGAAAAUAUGGAACUCAAUGGUUUUUAACACAAAAUAUAUGUUGGGAAGGUGGCGUUCAUGUGCAGUCAUGUGGACAUCAUGUUCAUUUAACAUGCUACGAAUCGUAUUUGAAAUCUUUGGGUCCAAUGCGUUCUCAAAAUCUCAACAUAGAGCAUGGCGAGUUUUCAUGUCCCGUGUGUCGUCAACUUGCAAAUUCAGUUUUACCUUUAAGUCCACAAUUAGAUCGUCCUACGACAAUCAUUCGAAAUCCAACGCCAAAUUAUGGACAACUUUGUGUCGAGUUAAUGGAACUGAUAAAAGACACGAAAAGAUCAACAGCAACAUCGAAACUUGAAGAAGCGAUGAUUAGAGCAAUGGAAAGUAUGUCGAAUAGCACAAGAAACAUUAAGAAAUAUCAUGCAGAAGCAUUGUAUCAAAAUCCACCAACAAGUGAGAGUCUUUUCUCGUUUGUUACGUCGGUUGCACGAACCAACUUAGAGUCAGAAGUUAUUCAACGUGGAGGCUCAUUGUGUACAUUUAAUGAUGUUCGUUAUCGACCAAAGAGGGAAUGUAUUGUGCCGUUGUUGCAUGUUUUAGCGUUUCAUGUACGUCUAAUGAUAAAUAAUAAAAAUGUGCAUUUUGGACAUUACGAAUGGAAAAUGGAUCGUGCAUGGGCUACCUUAUGUGGAAUACCACUUAAUGACAAUGAUGAUGCUCCAGUUCCUUCAUAUUCAUGUAAUAAUGAAAAUUUUACAAUUCCAAGUCUUAUUACUGAUCCAUGCGCUCAACUUAUUAAAUUCAUUCUCUUGGCUCCUUUACAAUUGGAUCAAGCUUAUUUCACCUGUAUUGUCAAAGUUAUGUAUAACUUGAUGUACUAUCAAAUAGUUCUUCAAUUUUGUUCUCGUUUGACUGAUGAACAAUGUGAAGAAACUGUGGCAAAAUUCUCAAACACUUCAAAUAUUGAUGAGAAUGGCGUUGAUGGCCUUGGAUCUGCAAUGGCGCUUGUUUUAAAUAAUUUAGAUAAUUGUAAAGAUUUUCGACAAGAUCUCUUUGAAAAUGAUUGCAGUAGUUAUGAGAUGAAUGAUCAUGAUGAUGUUGACAUGAAUGAAGGGGAACAUUUUGAUAUCACCGAAUCAUCGUCUAACACUUCAAAGGAAACUGAAAAGACUUGGAAUAUUGAUGAAAUGCUUAUAAAGUUCGAAAAAGAAUUAGAAUCAUUAUGUCUACCCUAUCUACGCAAUGCCGCUCUUUUGCGACAUCACAUCUAUCGUCAAGAGCUGCCAGAAGUCAGAGAUUCUGAAUAUGAAUUCGCUAGAUUGGUUUACUUUUUAGAACUUGUAACAAAAAGCAUGGAUUGGAAAGAUUUUCAUGCUGCAAAAGCUUUAUACUUUGCUGAAGGCACUGAAUUAUCUCUUCCAAUUCAUUGGUGUAAAGUUUUGAAAGAAUCAAGACCACCAUACGACACAACACGAGAACUGAUCAUGAAUCAACACAUUGUCUGGCAUCAACCGCAAUUACUUGCUCUGCCACGAGAAUAUGAGAGAUUGUUUACGUACUAUUAUGAGCAAGCAUGUUUAAAAUGUUCAUCAAUCCCAAAAGAAAGCUCAAUUUGUUUAAUUUGUGGCAAAAUUGUUUGCCUCAAACAAACCUGUUGUAAGGAGCAAGAUUGUUGCGAAGCUGUUCGGCACGCAAUUACUUGCGGCCGUGGAACUGGAGUGUUUUUAGUUGUCACGUCAACCUUCAUCAUCAUUGUUCGUGGUAGUAGAGCUUGCCUUUGGGGAUCAUUAUAUCUUGAUGGGUAUGAUGAAGAAGAUCGUGAUUUAAAACGAGGUAAACCACUUUAUCUUUCGAAUGACCGAUUCAAUUUGCUUGAAUCUCAAUGGCAGUCGCAUCGUUUUGGACACAUUAAUCGAUCCUGGGUAUUUCAUAGAGAUUCUCUUUAAUCAAUUUAAUUAAAUGAUGAAGACACAUCGACGAACUUUUCAUGAGCAUGUGAUAAAGGAAUAUCGUUCGUUCAAGAAUAUUAUUUUAUCAGCCAAUAGGUAGUUGAAAGAAAAAGAAAAAAAAAUAAUAAAAAUUUUAAUUCACUCAAAUUGCAUAUUUUUAUCUUUUCUUUUAUCGAGCUGUCUUGUAUUCAAUACAUUAUUGUAGUUUAUUUGUAAAAAUUAUCAAAUGACAACGAUACCUAACUUAAAACUUGUUUCAACAAUCUAAUAAAGUAUUUGGAAU